GCAGACACUGUUGAAGACUUUGAAUCGUCUUUCUAAACCAUGGGCAUUACUCAAUCCACCACCAACAUCAGCGACCUCGACUGGCUCAGCUUUCUCACCACCUCUAUCGACGACCCAAACGCGCGCCUCAUCCUUGCCUUUGCCUCGGCUAUUGCUCUAGGCAGUAUCGUCUCGGCUGUCCGCUCCCGCAGCAACACCACGACGCGCCUCCGUGGACCUCCCUCUGAGUCGCUCAUCUGGGGUGUCGCGAAGAAAGUCCCGCUCACGGAGCACGCCGCGGCGCAGUACACGGCCUGGGAAGCGGAGUACGGGCCUGGCGCGUACCGCAUCCCGUUCACGCUCGGUAAGGAGAAGAUUGUCCUGUUCGACGCACGCGCGAUCGCGCACUUUUUCGCGAUGGACAAUACGGUGUAUAUUAAGACGGCGCAGUCGCGUAGUGUGUUGAGGAAUUUGGCUGGGGAGGGGAUAUUGUGGGCGGAGGGUGAUGUGCAUCGGAGACAGAGGAAGGUACUCAGUCCGGCAUUCACCAACGCUGCUAUUAGGUCCCUCAAUCCUAUCUUUUAUGACUGCGCUUACAAGUGCAAGGACACAUGGGACACGCUCACCAAGAACGGGGAAGCGUUGAUUGAAGUUCAAGAUUGGAUGAACAAUAUCUCCAUCGACGCUAUCGGUCUCGCCGGUUUCUCGCACGACUUCAACACGCUCGGCGGAGACCGUGCCGGCGCCGUGGAUGCAUUCGAUGCCACCGGCGCGAACGCCCCGGCGUCGUUCACGAACAUGCUUCCAUUGCUGCUUCUGGUCUUCCCGUGGCUAGAUAAGCUGCCGAGUCCAAACAAGAAACGCAUGAACCAGUUCAACGAUGCGUUGAAUGAUCUCUCGGAGCGCGUUUGGAAGAAGUUGAAGGAUGAGGGCGCUGGAGACGUUUCGGAGAAGUCUAUUGUUGGGAGGUUACUGCGAGCGGAGUCGUCGGACACGAGUCUACAGCUUUCCAAGCAUGAAGUGAUCGAUGAAAUCAAAGUGAUGAUUAUCGCUGGUUACAUCACCACCUCCACCAGUCUCACCUGGGCGCUCAUCGAGCUAGCGAAGAAUCCAGACGCUCAAGCAAGGCUACGCACUGAGAUUACCCAGUUCAGCGAUGAGGACCCCUCAUACGAGGACCUCGUGGGCGACAAGCUUCCCUACCUCGACGCCGUCACACACGAGACCCUGCGCCUGCACCCAUCCGUGCCCGAGCUCACCCGUGUCGCCGCCGUAGACGACAUCAUCCCGCUCUCCGCGCCCGUCACAGACGCAUCGGGGCGCACCGUCGACCGCAUCUCCAUCGCAAAGGGCACACUCGUCGGGUGCCCCAUCACGGCUGUCAACCGCUCCCCGGCGUUCUGGGGCGCUGACGCGCUCGAGUUCCGCCCCGGGCGGUGGAUCGAGGGCGUCGAGAAGGGCAGCGCGAAGGAUCUCACUGGGCACAGGCACCUGCUGACGUUUGCGAGUGGGCCGAGGACGUGUAUCGGGAAGGGGUUUGCGAUUGCUGAGUUCAAGACCGUGCUCGCUGUCCUGGUCAGAAACUUCACGUUCGAUAUCGAGGGUGGGAAGAGCCACAAGGUCACGAUUACGCGUGGGUCUAGUCUUCCGGGGAGGAAGAUAUUUGGCGAGAAUGGGAAGUUUUUGGCGUUGAAGGUUUCUCGAGUUGCUUGAAGCUAUGGCUGCUGUUUUAGCUGUUGUCGAUGUCGAGGCUUGAUUUGCGUGAUCUUAUGCUAGACUCUUCGGUUACUUUGCUGUAUGAAUGAGUUUGAAUCCAAG